UUCCAAUUGGCUAGCAUACGGUCGCGACCGGUCGCGGUGAACGGUUGUAGUUAGUUGGUGUUUUGAUUCAGAUUUGGUAGUGACUAUCUUUAGACAGGUGUGUUUACGAUUAUGGAGGUGAUAUUCACAAUCAAUGGGAAGUUCUACAAAGUGAAUCCCCACAACGUUCCCGUGGAUACUUCCCUCGGAACCUUCAUACGCAAAUAUGCCCAAUUGAGUGGGACCAAACUGGUAUGUCGAGAGGGCGGAUGUGGAGCCUGUAUCGUUAACGUGAGCGGUCAACAUCCGGUGACUCGGGAACAGCAAAGCUGGGCCGUCAACUCGUGCCUCUUCCCAGUAUUCUCCUGCCAUGGAUUGGACAUCCUAACGGUCGAAGGGAUUGGCAACAAGUCGAAGGGAUUCCAUGCGGUACAACGUCGCUUGGCUCACCUAAACGGGACACAAUGUGGUUUCUGUUCUCCCGGAAUGGUGAUGAACAUGUACAGUUUGCUGGAAGCAAACCAGGGCAAGGUAUCGAUGGACCAGGUUGAAAAGGCCUUCGGAGGUAAUCUAUGUCGAUGCACCGGUUAUCGGCCGAUCCUGGAUGCUUUCAAGUCAUUAGCGACUGAUGCCAGCCAGGAGGUUUUGGAUAAAGUUCAGGACAUUGAAGAGCUACCCAAAAUUUGUCACAAUACCGGUAAACCCUGUACUGGAAGCUGCGGGGCAGUUGCUAAAAGCGUGAUCAAUUUGGCGUUCGAAGAUGGACGCGAGUGGCACAAAGUUUAUAACAUCCAAGAAGUUUUCGAUAUUCUGAACAACAUUGGGGACAGGCCUUACAUGUUGGUGGCCGGCAAUACUGCUCAUGGUGUUUACAGGAGAUCAGAUGACCUGGAGGUCUUUAUCGAUAUAAACUCCGUUGAGCAGCUGAGGAAUCAUUCAUUGGGUGACGAACUUAAAGUCGGAGGCAACACAACUAUCGCAGAGUUUAUAAAAAUACUUCAGACUGUAGCAAUCAAGAAUACUAACUUCAAAUACUGCGAAGAAUUAGCCGAACACAUCGAAAUGGUUGGAAAUAUCCCUAUCAGAAAUACGGCAACAAUUGCAGGGAACCUCGCAUUGAAAGCUAAACACCAUGAAUUCACGUCGGACCUUUUCCUCAUCUUGGAAGCAGUCGGCGCAAAGUUAACGAUAGCUCAAUGCACCAAUAGCCGUGUUUCAGUGCCAAUACAAGAUAUCUGCGCUUUAGAUAUGAACAAGAAGAUUAUUCUGGACGUGACUCUUUACCCGCUGGAACCCGAAAGUCAUGAGUUUAAGUCGUUCAAAAUUAUGUCCCGUGCUCAAAGUGUAAAAUCCUAUGUAAAUGCUGCAUUUAUGAUUCAAUUCAAUAAGGGAAAAACAACUGUACAAUCUGCUUCGAUUUGCUAUGGCGGAAUCAACCAUAAGUUCAUUCACGCAAAGGAAACAGAAAGAUAUUUAUGUGGAAAAAACAUUUUCGAUGACGCAGUGCUGCAAAAUGCUUUGACUGCUUUGCAAGCUGAAGUAAAUCCAGAAACGGGUGAUUCGCUGCCAUCCGUCGAAUAUCGCCAACACUUGGCAGUCGCUCUUCUUUACAGAGGUGUUUUAAGCAUAGCAGAUCAGCACAAAAUUACUCUCAAUGCUAAACAUGCGUCUGGAGCAAUCCAGAUUGCUCGUCCUCUCUCCACGAGCAAACAACAGUUCCAAACUAUCAAGGAAAAUUGGCCGGUAACCAAAAACAUUCCGAAGAUUGAAGCCCUUUCACAAACUGCCGGUGAAGCAAAAUACGUUGAAGAUCUUCCCAACGUCCCAAACGAGUUGUACGGAGCAUUGGUGAGCGCGACUCAAGCUAGAACAAAUAUCCUGGCAAUAGAUCCAGAGCCAGCUUUACAGCUUCCGGGAGUGCAUGCUUUCUACAGUGCUAAGGACAUUCCAGGACGUAAUGACUUUAUGCCCACUGAAUUGGGCAACCCGGAGACUGAAGAAAUCUUCUGCAGUAGGUUCGUUCUGUAUCAUGGUCAACCGGUUGGAGUGAUAAUAGCCGAAUCGUUCGAUUUGGCUCAGAAAGCAUCAAAAUUGGUUCACAUUACCUACAGCGAACCUGACGGCAAACCUGUUCUUCCCACCUUGAAAUCAGUGUUAGCCGCUAACGCUACUGACCGAGUAGUUGAUCAACCCUAUGAUCAGUUAGGGGACCAAUACGGUAAAGUUGAGGAGCAGCCGUUUAAAAAAAUUCAGGGCAGGUUUGAACUUCCUUCGCAGUUCCAUUUCUCAAUGGAGUGUCAAAUGUGUAUCUGUGUUCCCAAAGAGGAUGGCAUGGAUAUUUACAGUUCAACACAGUGGGUUGAUCUUUGCCAGGUCGCGAUAUCCCAGGCUCUAAAUAUACCUGAAAAUAGCAUGAACUUCUUCGUUCGUCGCUUGGGAGGAGCUUUCGGAGCAAAGAUUUCUCGAGGAUCCCAAAUCGCUUGCGCUUGCGCUAUUGCAGCACACUUCAGCCAACGUCCAGUUCGGCUAAUUCUUUCCCUAGAAUCCAACAUGGAGGCCAUUGGCAAACGAGCUGCCUGUAUCAGUAACUACGAAGUUGAGGUUGAUGAAAAUGGAAAAGUCAUCAAACUAUUGAACAAUUAUGUGGAAGACUACGGGUGCAGUUUGAACGAGCCGAUUGAAUGGGUUACAGCUCAGUUUUAUCGAAAUUGUUACGACACAAGUCGAUGGAAUCUAGUCGGCAAAGCUGCACUGACCAAUUCAGCGAGCAAUACAUACUGUCGAGGACCUGGAACGAACGAAGGAAUCGGUAUGGCUGAAAACAUAAUGGAACAUAUUGCACAUGCACUGGGGAGAGAUCCACUUGAAGUUCGAUUGCAAAAUAUGAGUCCAGAUUGCAAGAUACGCACAUUGCUACCCGAAUUCGUCAAGGACGUCGAGUUUGAACAACGUAAAACGGCGGUAAAUCAGUUCAACGCAGAAAACCGUUGGAAAAAACGCGGCAUCUCGAUCGCACCCAUGCAAUAUCCUCAAGUAUUUUUCGGACAAAUGCACGCUCUGGUAUCCAUUUAUCACUUCGACGGAACAGUUUCGAUUUCUACCGGUGCCAUCGAUAUGGGUCAAGGUGCAAACACAAAAGUGGCACAAGUUGCUGCAAAAGCACUAGGUGUUCCACUUGAAAUGAUCAGUAUAAAGGCGAUGAGCAAUCUAACUUCACCGAACGCGUCCGUUUCCGGAGGAAGCAUGACCAGUGAAGCGGGGGCCUUUGCAGUGUUGAAGGCAUGUGAAGUUUUGCUGGAGAGAAUUCGUCCUGUCAGGGAGAAAUACCCGAACGAGUCUUGGCAAGAAAUCACCCAACGUUGCUACAAAGAAUACAUCGAUCUUUGCGCGACGUAUUACUACAAGGAAGGUGAUGUGAAAAAUUAUGACGUUUGGGGUAUUUGUUGCUCUGAGCUGGAGAUUGACGUGCUCACCGGUAAUGUGCAGGUUCGAAGGGUAGACAUUUUGGAAGACACCGGUGAAAGUAUUAGUCCAGGCAUCGAUAUCGGUCAAAUUGAAGGAGCAUUCGUAAUGGGGAUUGGAUUGUACUUCACUGAAAAUCUAAUCUACAAAUCGGAUAACGGACAACUGUUGACCAACCGAACCUGGAACUACCAUCUACCAGGAGCCAGAGACAUUCCGGUUGAUUUCAGGGUUAAACUGAUGCACAAUACGUACAACGAACUGGGUGUGUUGCGCUCGAAAACUACCGGAGAGCCGGCACUGAAUUUGACAGUAGCUUUACUGUUCGCCCUUCGCCACGCGCUGAGGUCGGCGAGAAAAGAUGCUGGACUAUCCGAUAAGUGGUUUACUCUAGUGACUCCUGCAACUCCCGAACAGAUUUGUCUAGCUGCUGGAAGUGAUAAACAGCAUUUUAAACUUCAUUGAAAGUAACGUCUGGCUAUUGUUGAUAAAUUUACUAAAAUUAUGUGCUAAAUAAAUUAGUUUUGGUGGAAGUUACUGGUUAAA